UACAACUGAAGCCUCCAUAUUUUCGUUUAAUAUUCAGAUACCACCAUCACUGGACCCCAUUACGUUCAAUCACAAUACACUGCUUUGUGCUACGCUUGUUCCUUCUCCAGUAACAUCAUUAUCAUCCAUCAAAAGAUUAGCUUUUUAGAUUACCAUACCAAACGCUGUAAAAUUCACCUAGCAACGCAUACAGAGAAGACUCCAACACCAGCAGAAGAGAACACCUGACUCACAACAGCCACAUCACACGCUUCCCACAUAGUACAGUUCUUAACUUAUUAUCCAAAGGCUCUGAAACCACAACCAUGGAAAGAAAAGGUGUCCUCAAAAUAAAUAAAAGCCUAUCAGCCGUAGAAUUUAUCACAGACGAGGAAGCAACAUAAUAGAACGAGAAACAAUAUUGUCUUUGUGGGGUUCAGGAAACUGCCCCCGACAUGGACAUUCAUUUAACUAGGUUACCGACAUGGAACCUUUUUUUUUUUUUUUUUGGGGUGAGAGAUAUGGUACUUCUUUCAAACCUAUGUUCCAAAGCAAGCAGGUGGAAAGAGAGGGAGGGGAAUAUUCCCACUUUUCUCACCCUAGAAAUUCUUCAGUAAUUCGGCAAAUAUUGGAUGCAAAUCCACACUGUUCAAGUACAGGGUUUGGCAACCAAUGAACCGAUUAUAUACUUGGAUUGAACUAGACUGGCCUGAACAUGAUUCGAUUCCGUUCGAUUCUCAAACUCAAGAUUUUUACUAGUUUUAAUUCCAUGAAUUCUCUAAAACACAAAGGAAAAGGGACCAGACUGAAUCCAAUGUGCUUUCACUGGCAUUAUAGUCCUUGUUUCCCUUUAUUAUCGAUCUAAGUUCGAUCCAGGACUGGACUACACAAUAGACAUCCCAUCUUGGGGUGAAAGACGUAGUCUUCUUUUCUUGUGCUCUGUAAGCUUUAUCUACCUAUCAAAGUAAGAAGGGGGAUUCAAUAACACAAUGGUUAAAACAAGCUAAUCACCCAUCUAAUGACACUUGACAAGCUACUUAGUAUUUUGCCAAAUUUAUUUAGAGCACUAAUAUUUCUUCAUGCAAAGAAUAUCCUUGUCCACAGAAGAACUCUCCACUCUUUCACAGCUGUUAGCAUGAUAAUUAUGCAGGAUUGCUAGCUCCAAGUCAACUUCACUGAAGUGAAAUUCUUAAGGUGAAUACUGAACGGCCGACGCGGUUGGAUGGUUCAAAUGUUUCCUCCUUUCAAACUAGAGCCCACCAAUGCUUUUCUUUUCUUAGAAGAGAAGAUUUUAUUGGAAGAUAUUGGUUUUGCACAAGAAAUGGAGCCCCAAAAGAUCCCACAAACAGCAAGCAUAAGUAUCUCCUAAAGAUGGCAAAAACUAGAGCCCACCAAUCUUGUACUACUCAAAGUAUGAGAGCCUAGUUUUCCUCUAUAAGAAGAGUACACCCACCCUCCAUUCAUUCCCACAAUCCUUCAUUUCCCUCCCACAACUGAAAAGAAACAUGGCACUAUUACUACGCUCUUCAACAUCCUUCAUCAAUCAAACCAAGACCAGAUCCCUCAAAGCACCCAACAACAUCGCAGGCUCGAUCUGCUAUGCAGAUAUUAAGCCUACACGAAGCCUGAGGGCCAAGAGUUCGAUGCAAGCAACGCAGCUCUGGGAAGAACACAGCCUAGAGAAGUUGGAGCAACUGCAUCCAUCAACAAGGCCUCAUGACAGCAACGGCUCCAAGGUGCCCGUAUUUGUGAUGCUCCCACUCGACACCGUGACACUCGAGGGGCAUCUGAACAGACCUCGAGCGAUGAAGGCCAGCUUAAUGGCCUUAAAGAAAGGAGGAGUCGAAGGGGUGAUGGUGGACGCAUGGUGGGGUUUGGUGGAGAAAAAUGAACCUCUAAUGUACAACUGGGAAGGAUAUGCUGAACUUGUGCAGAUGGUGAAACAGCAUGGGCUAAAGAUUCAAGUGGUUAUGUCCUUUCAUCAGUGUGGAGGAAACGUCGGAGAUUCUUGCAGCAUUCCCCUACCUCCUUGGGUGCUUGAAGAGAUAAGCAGGAACCCGGACCUUGUCUACACCGACAGAGCAGGCCGCAGGAAUCCCGAGUACAUCUCCUUGGGAUGUGACUCCUUGGCUGUGUUAAGGGGUAGAACACCAAUACAAGUCUACACAGAUUACAUGAGAAGCUUCCGCAACAGAUUCAGAAAUGACAUUGGAGGAGUUAUUGUGGAAAUCCAAGUAGGAAUGGGCCCGUGUGGAGAGCUGAGAUACCCAGCAUAUCCAGAAAGCAACGGCACAUGGAAGUUUCCGGGAAUAGGGGAAUUUCAAUGCUACGACAAGUAUAUGCGAGCCUCACUGAAAGCAUCAGCUGAAGAACUAGGAAACCAGGCCUGGGGGCAGGAUGGACCCCAUGAUUCUGGCGGCUACAAUCAAUUUCCUGAAGAUACCGAGUUCUUCAGGAGGGACGGGACAUGGAACUCAGAAUAUGGGCAGUUCUUCCUAGAGUGGUACUCUGACAAGCUACUACAGCAUGGAGACAACAUCCUGGCAGCUGCUGAAGUGAUAUUCAAAGGAACUGGAGCAAAACUAUCAGGAAAAGUUGCUGGAAUCCAUUGGCAUUACAGAACAAGGUCUCACGCAGCCGAACUUACAGCAGGAUACUACAAUACCAGAAACCAUGACGGUUACCAACUAAUAGCACAAAUGUUCAGCAAACAUGGAGUUGCACUCAACUUCACAUGCAUGGAAAUGAGAGAUGGUGAGCAGCCAGAAAAUGCAAACUGCUCUCCAGAAGGAUUAGUCCACCAAGUAAAGAUGGCAACAAAGGCAGCAGGCACAGAGCUUGCCGGUGAGAAUGCAUUGGAGAGGUAUGAUCAAGCUGCAUUUGGACAAGUUUUGGCAACGGGUACAGCGGCAGCAGGCAGUGGAUUGAGUGCAUUUACUUACCUAAGAUUGAAUAAGAGGUUGUUCGAAGAAGACAACUGGCGCCACAUGGUGGAGUUCGUAAAAGGCAUGUCUGAAGGUGGCCGGAUCAGGCGAUUGCCGGAGUCUGACACCCUAAGAAGUGACCUCUACAUUGGUCUUGUCAAGGACAGGAGUCUCAGGAGAACGAAGGAGAUUCUCCUUGUAUAAUUGGUCCAUUUUCUGUGUCCCAAUUCCCAAAACCGUGUAGCUUACCUUAGUCUAUAGAAAUAAAAACUAUGAUACUUG